GCUAUGGAAUUGGGGGAGGUAGGGCGCACAGGUCUUUGUUUAGGCGAGGCCGCCUCUGAGUGGAAGGCUAUUAUGCGCGCUCGGCUCCACUGGGCAAAUGAAAGCAGGGGCGCCUAUGAGAAAGCAGGGGUGUGUCCACGGCCGCCGAAUUUGCUUAGCUUCCUCUUCAUAAGAGGGGAAAGCGCGGUCCAGCCCCUCAUUCGAAGCAUCAGCAUCAUGCCAGAGCCAGCAAAGUCCGCGCCCAAGAAGGGCUCCAAGAAAGCCGUCACCAAGACCGCAGGGAAAGGCGGCAAGAAGCGCCGAAAGUCGAGGAAGGAGAGCUACGCAAUCUACGUGUACAAAGUGCUGAAGCAGGUCCACCCCGACACCGGCAUCUCCUCCAAGGCCAUGGGAAUCAUGAACUCGUUCGUGAACGACAUCUUCGAGCGUAUCGCCGGAGAGUCCUCUCGCCUGGCCCACUACAACAAGCGUUCCACCAUCACCUCCAGGGAGAUCCAGACCGCGGUGCGCCUGCUGCUCCCCGGAGAGCUGGCCAAGCACGCUGUGUCCGAGGGCACCAAGGCCGUGACCAAAUACACCAGCUCCAAGUAAACAGCCCAUUUGGAGUGCUGUACUAACCCAAAGGCUCUUUUAAGAGCCACCCACCCCGUCAGUGAAAAAGGCAAAUCCAUCACUAAUGAAUGUGGAGCUAGGCUGUGUGAUGUGUGUCUGGAGAACAUGCCUAACAGGGUAGGGGAAAGUAGGUAUUGUGGAAUAAGUCUAUGCCAGAAAAUAUUUUUUAGAAAUGCAACUAGAAUGAAAAGAUGAU